AUGCCCGCAACGGAAGUCCAACGCAUAGCGGCCGCGGCCUACAAGGACGGCCUGCGGCAUGGAGAAAUUUCCAGACUGGCGGCCCUCGGUCAGCGAGGGAAUUACCCUGGCAACAUACAUCAACAGUUGAACACCAUGUUAGGCCGCAAUUCGUUGCCCCAGCCAAUGGUACUCGAGAUCCCUUGCGUGGACCCCAAGACGUCUGAGGUCGCCUUGGCCGACUGCGGCGUGCUAUUGCCACAUGAGUGGUUCUCCGCGCUCUUCCACAGAUAUGAGACAGAGUUUAACUACAUCUUUGGGGUGGACCGCCUGGGCGAGUUCUGGGCCAACGCCAGCAGGCUCCACGGCGACGGGGCCGAGUUUCUCACGCGAGACUCCCUGGUGACGCUCGGCGUGACUGGGCUGCUAGCAGUCGGGUCCACGAAGAGCCUCACCUUAAACUUGACCAGCUGGCCACUAAGUCUCACGGCAAAG